GUCAACAUGGAGCAGCGCGUGGCAGCGGGCUCUGUGACAGAUGAGGACCACGCUCAGGACCGCGGUGGAAGACACGGGCCUUUGUCGUUAUUACCUCAUUAAAGAAAAGAAAAAAAUGCAAUGAUAUGCUUUACUUUCACGCGUAAAGUGCAGUAGUGCCCCCAAUUGUGCGUGUCAUGGCUCGCGUAACACCGCUACUCCACGGACGAAGAAGUGUGAUGCUGCACCUCAAGAAGUUCAACACUCUCUCCUGUGGUCUCGUUUUAUUUUUUUUGCCUUGUUCUUUGUGUUUUUUUAUUAUCUCAAACCCGACCGUUGGAGUAGCUCGUCCCGUCAUGGUCGCUGCCUCCUGACGGGGAGAUGGAUUUGGAGGUGAGGGAUGUGAACGGCUCGGACUGCUCUCGGAACGAGAGCGGCUGCGAGCUGAGCGCGGCCGCCGGCGGAGUGUCCACUGCGCUGGCCAGCGUGCUGAUCUUCACCAUCGUGGUGGACAUACUGGGAAACGUCCUGGUCAUCCUGUCCGUGUACAGGAACAAAAAACUCAGGAAUGCAGGAAACAUCUUUGUGGUGAGCUUGUCUGUAGCCGAUCUGGUGGUGGCACUGUACCCAUACCCUCUGGUUCUGACUGCCAUCUUCCACAAUGACUGGACCAUGGGUGACCUCCACUGUCAGGCCAGCGGCUUCAUCAUGGGUAUCAGCGUCAUCGGCUCCAUUUUCAACAUCACAGCCAUCGCCAUCAACCGCUACUGCUACAUCUGCCACAGCCUCCACUACGAUCGCCUGUACAGCAUUAGGAAGACCUGCUGCUACUUGGGGCUCACCUGGCUGCUCACAGCCAUCGCCACAGUGCCCAACUUCUUUGUGGGCUCUCUGCAGUACGACCCUCGCAUCUACUCCUGCACAUUCGCCCAGACUGUCAGCUCGUACUAUACCAUCUCAGUGGUGGUUAUUCACUUUCUGAUCCCGUUGCUGGUUGUGUCUUACUGCUACUUGAGGAUAUGGGUGCUGGUAAUUCAAGUGAAACACAGGGUUAAACCUGAGCAAAGGACCAGACUGAAAUCUAGCGAUGUGAGGAACUUCUUGACUAUGUUUAUGGUCUUUGUGUUAUUUGCCGUUUGCUGGGCUCCGCUAAACCUCAUAGGCCUGGCUGUAGCUAUAAACCCUGUGAAAGUAGCGCCCAACAUACCUGAGUGGCUCUUUGUCACAAGCUACUUCAUGGCAUACUUCAACAGCUGCCUCAACGCAGUCAUAUAUGGACUACUAAACCAAAACUUCCGUAAGGAGUACAAAACAAUCCUCCUUGCUAUUUGUAUUCCUCGUCUGCUCCUUGUGGAAACAUCCAGGUGUGCCACGGAGGGACUGAAGAGCAAGCCUUCCCAGGCUCCAACGAACAAUAAUGUAGCAGAGAUAAAUGUAUAAAUUAAUGUUUAACUGGAUGAGUGUAUGUGCAAGGGUUCACCCGAUGCCUUUUGUGUAUAACUUUCCUAUUGUAAGUAUAUAAUCAUGUGCAAAGAGGACACUGCUGCCAUCAUAUUCACUUUUAGCCUGUUAUGCACAGUCAGUAAGAUGUCCCUAAGAUUUAAAUGUCACAUAAUUGGACCUUUAAAAAAGAGUUUUGUGUUCUUCAAUUUUUGCAAACGCACGUCUGGAAUUUAACGUUCUGCAGGUUUUUUUAUUCUGGGAACUUAGGACCAUGGGGACACUGGACCAUGAGCGGAUUAUCCCCCCUUCAAGUGGAACCCAUAACCUCAUUGUUGGGAUGUGGGAAUUUACGACCUGUGAAUUCAAGCUUACAGAAAGUUCCCUGUUACGAUGCCGUGACUAUCAUAUGAGGGGGUUAUUCUUACGAACGCCUUCCAGGAAUACGGUUAACAUUACCUCAUCUGCAGGCACCAACAGAUGCACGCUCAUAAUGUAUUGUUCCCUUACCCAUGUGCUGUGUUCUAUGACUAUGACUAUGUAUAUGUACUAUACCUGCCUCUCUGCACUGCAUUUAUGAUAUAUAUACACGCCAGCUAACGGGUUAACAGGCAGGAAGAAUAGGCCCAAAGAUGAAAGGUAGCUAAAUACAUUUGGUUGAUGACUGGCGGAGGGAAAAUUAUUUUAAGGAACUCUGUCAUUCAGAUGGUUCAUACACACCACAAAGCCUAUUUUUAGGGUGGAGAACUUUACUUUUUUGAAGAAAUCCCUGCACGAAUACAUCGUGUGUACAGGAAUGACUCUAAACCUAUUUGCACAGACCAAUUAUGAGUAAAGUCAGGAACAUAGUCAAAAUAAAUGUGUUUUCUAUUGGAUAUGUGUGUAAUGGAUGGAGAGCAUCAAAGUUUGUUCUUCCCCCUUUAAUUCUCACUCAGUUAGUAUUAACUGUUAGUAUUUUAAUUAAAUGGCAGGAAAGUCGUUGAGGUGCCAAAUACUAUAGCUCCAGAGACAGAUGUUGAAAAUAUUAAACAUUGACUCCCAUAUUUCAUUAUCGGUGUGUGUGAACAUUUUGGGCUCAUUUUCACUGGGAAUGUAGGCUUAUUAAUUCAGCAUGAUACCAUUUCACCCUCUGGCAUGUCUUCAGAGCAAUUAUGUCCUCAUAAAACACACUGGAAAUAUUGUUGGCGCUUUCCACUCUGGUUUGAAAUCAAGAAAAAGAAAAUGGUUUAGCAACAGCAGAAACUUGUAAAAAGAGAAAGAGCGGAUAAUAAACAAAGGUAGCUCUCGUUUAUUAAAUGCCUGCAAGACAUGAUAUGCAUCAGGAGCCAGAGAGAUGUAAUUUUGUGAUAAUGCAAGUGUGCUUGUGCUCAUGUCACCCUAUCCAAGAUGAGCUUUGACAUCCUCCGAGCAUAGCUUCAACCUCGCAAACAAACGAUGAACAGUCCACUGGGAAGCUCUAAGAUGCCAGACGUGACACAUUCUUGAUAUGAUGCACUAUAAUAACUUGAUCACACAUUCCACAUGUCUUAUACUGAAAUUAUAAAAUUUCCAGACAGACUAUAAAUCACAUUUACCUAUAAAUCUCUUGCCUGAUUUUGCAUUCUAGUGUGCUCUGCAGCAGCCGGGUCUGCAUGUUGUCCACAGUUAAACCGUCUGACUUUAUUGGGGACAUUUUCACGGCAGAGUGACUCAAGCGCACAGAGCAAGGUGCUGUCGAGUUCCAGAGCAGCAAAUGGGGACAAAACGGUUCACUUCUCCUCCUUACAGAUCAGUGUCUCUGAUGUGGAAGAGGGAAGUGGCCCACAUGCCAUAGCAAGGUCAGCCAUAGGUGAGUGGCUAAAGCAGCUCGGGGGGAAA